AUGACCGAUAUCGAUCCGAAUUCUCCCGCCAACCUCCGUGCACUCAUGCUCUAUGACAUUUCUCAACGGAAAACAAUGCAAGAAUCAAUAGAAAGUCAUCGAGUUUUGUGUGAACAUUUGGGAAAACAAGGGAUUUCAUAUGAUGAAUAUGAGCUUUGUUUCAAUCGAUGUCUCAAUGAAAACUAUCAUUCUACUAUAGCGAAAAGAGAUCUCACGAUUCCUGAUAUCUAUGUAUGCAUUCUAUCUGAUGUCAUCAAUGGAAAACUUGCUGAAAAAUCAAUCGAUGAUUUGUGUAAAGCAUUCAAAGAUCAUAAAAUCGAUAAGGAAGAUCAUCUCUAUUGGUUCAAACGCUUCGAAAAUGGACACCUAUUCAGUCCUGUUCUAUUGUUCCCAAAUGAUGUUCUUUUUGAAAUUGCUGAGCGAUGUGAUUUGAAGACAUAUCUGAAGCUUCGAAAAGUGUCUUCUGGCCUUCGAAACAUCGUUGAUCGGCUGAAACCGCCCUACAAAAAUAUCGAAAUUCGUAUCUACCCGUAUCUGAUAACUCUACGUCUCAAUGAUGUGUUGCUAAAGUAUCCCCAUCUACAAGGAUCUGAAGUCGCAUUCGAGGAAUUGAAAUUUGCACUGAUGAAUCCGAAACUUAAACUGGAAACUCUUCGUGUCGCAUGGUAUUCCUCACCAUUACGUAAUAAGGUUGUAGGAAAAUAUAUAACUAUGUUCGAUGAUCUUCUCAACUCUCUGAAUCACAAAAUCCACGUGGAGCACUGCUCGAUUAACGCUGAACGAGACGAAAGAAUGAUAAGCGUUUUGCAGUGUUUGAAGCCUGGAACACUUGAAGUGAUGACUCUGACAGGAGGACUAAUUCAUGAAAACAGUCAAAUUUCCACAUUGGAACAGUGGAAACAAGCGAAACAUGUCAAAGUCGAAACAAUUUUUAUGGUUCCAAUAAGGAUUUUUUCAAAUUUCGCUUCUUUCGAAGUGAGUUCGACGCCGUUUUUCACUGAAGAUGUUGCCAAAUUGAUAGAUGUAAAAAUGUCGCAACAGACAACCACCAGCAUUUACGAGUCAAAAUUCGCUCAAUCUGACAAAACUGAUGCAAUUCUCGUCGUUGAUGAAAAGAAAUUACAUGUGAAUAAAGCGGUUCUUUCCUGCCACUCUGAGUUCUUCAACACACUAUUUAAUGGAGAAUUCAAGGAAAAAUCGAUGACUGAAAUACCGAUUGAAGAUGUCGAUUUUGAGGAUUUCGCCACACUUUUGAGUCUUGUCCAUCCGAAUCCAAUCAAGCCGAAAGAAGAAAACGCGGAGAAGCUUCUGGAGCUCGCCGAUCGUUUCAUGCUUCCAGCAGCUAAAUUCACUUUAGAACUUUUUCUGAUCGCAACGCCUUUGACGACGAUGCAGAAAAUUCAACUCGCCGACAAGUACAAAUUGGACAGUCUUCUGAAUCAAGCUGUGGCUUCGUUGGUGUUGAAUGAGAUUUGUGGAAUUCGAAGUAAGCUGGAUUUCAAGAGAAUAUCGGAUAAUACUAAAUCUGUUCUUUUUGUUCGCAUGCUUGAUAUAAUGGGAUAUUGA